UUUCAGGCAAACGCCAUUUCUUCCUUUUGGAUUUCAUUCUACAUCUAACUUUUUUCAUGCACACUUGAGUAUACUUGCACUGAAUGGAUCCUGCUUUGUUCUUUUUGAGUAGUAGGGAAUCUGAGGAAGAAAGGGUCACAUGGAGGGAACAGAUGAAGAGAGGCCACUGAUUCAUUACCUGCCUCCUCAGGAACAGUGUUCAGAAUACACCUGCGAUGGAACGGUUGAUAUUGAUCGAAGGCCUGCACCGAAGCAGAGUACAGGGAAUUGGAGAGCAUGCUUCUUCAUUUUAGGUGCUGAAUUCACUCAAUGCCUGUGCUUCUCUGCGGUUUUGAAGAACUUAGUCAGGUACCUGACGAAUGUGCUCCAGGAAAGCAAUGUCGAUGCUGCACGAAGUGUGUCGACUUGGAUUGGAACUUGCUUCUUCGCACCACUCAUUGGAGCCUUCAUGGCUGACACAUUCUGGGGAAGAUACAGGACUGUAGUAACAUGCCUCUCUGUUUACACUGUCGGAAUGCUUGUUCUGACGAUUUCAGCAUCACUUCCACUGACCUUGCAUGAUCCCUACAUCAACAGUGGCGACGGCAUUCGCCGUGUCGUCGCCUACCUAGGGCUGUACCUCAUUGCCCUUGGGGCUGGAGGGAUCAAGCCCUGCAUUUCGGCACUCGGCGCCGACCAAUUCGACGGCGGCGACCCGGUGGAGAGGGUGACGAAGGGCUCGUUCUUCAACUACUACUACUUCACGAACAACGUGGGCACGCUGCUGUCCACCACCGUGCUUGUGUGGGUGCAGGACAACGUGGGUUGGGGCGUCGGUUUCGCGGCUCCGAUGCUGCUCAUGGGGUUCAGCCUCGCCAUGUUCGUCGCCGGUAGGAGGGUGUACAGGUACAGGAAACUGGGAGGGAGUCCAUUGACGAGGGUCUCUCAGGUUGUGGUUGCAGCUGCGAGGAACCACAGGAUGAAGUUGCCUGAUGAUAGCUCACUCCUGCAUGAGCUUCCAAGAUUGAAUGAUGGUGACCACUAUAGGGUUCAACAUACCACUCAAUUCAGGUUCUUGGACAAGGCUGCCAUCCCGUCCGAUGACAACAGUCCAUGGAGGCUGUGCACCGUGUCGCAGGUGGAGGAGCUCAAGAUGCUGCUGCGUAUCUUCCCGCUCUGGGCCUCGCUGCUCCUCUUCUUCGUGGUCACCGCGCAGAUGUCGUCGACGCUGAUCGAGCAGAGCGCUGCCAUGGACGGCCGCGUCGGCCCGUUCACCGUGCAGCCGGCGUCGCUCGCCACGUUCAACGUCGUCAGCGUCCUCAUCUGGGUCCCCGUCUACGACGCCGUGCUGGUGCCGCUGGCGCGGCGCGUCACCGGCAACGCCCGGGGCCUCUCCCACCUGCAGCGCAUCGCCGUCGGCCUCGCGCUUUCCGCGGUGGCCAUGGCGUACUCGGCGCAGGUCGAGGCGAGGCGUCGUGCGUCGUCGGCGCCGAUGAGCAUCAUGUGGCAGGCGCCGUCCUACUUCGUGCUGGGUAUGGCGGAGGUGUUCACCAGCAUCGGCAUGCUGGAGUUCUUCUACGAGCAGUCGCCGGAGUCGAUGAAGAGCCUCGGCACAUCGCUCGCGCACCUCGCCGUCGCGACGGCGAACUACCUCAACUCCGGCGUGCUCGGUGUGGUCGCGGCAGCCACGGCACGCGGCGGGGCGGGUGGGUGGAUCCCGGAGAAGCUGGACGAGGGGCAUCUGGAUUACUUCUUCUGGAUGAUGGCUGCUCUCAGCGUCGUCAACCUGCUGCAGUUCAUGUAUCGUUCUUGUCACGUUCAUUCGUAGGCAACAAUUAACAAUUCACUCUCACUCCUCUCCUCUAUUCGUCUAAUUCAUAUAUCGUUGUCAAAUUAAAGAAAAUACAAAAGCGAAUUUCUAUAUUUGGAUGACAAGGAGACUAGUUAACACUGUUAAUGAGAUGAAAAAAUA